GUUCGUAUGACAAACGACGAGACCCGAAAUCACGAGUCUGCUGCAUGAGCACAGGUGGAGAAAGGCGCCCCUAAAACUUGAACGGCCCCAGAGAUCGUGUGUAGCUCACUGGCACAUUCGGCUGUUCCUGUUUGUGGCUCUUAGCAUCUUCAGCUGAGAUAAACAGACCUACUUAUAUCAUUUGUUCCGGGUGUGGGCCUUUUCUCUGCAAGCUGGUGAAGUUGGAGAAGCUUGGUGACCCAAUCAAGCGGCAAAUUUCUUCUCCUCCUGCCGCAGCUCCAUUUUUGUUUCUGAAGCUGUCAGUUGGAAUCCAGGGGCAGUGGGAUGGGGAUCCUGUUCACAAAGCUCUUUGCAAACUUGUUUGGGGACAGGGAAGCGCGCAUCCUUGUGCUGGGGCUUGAUAAUGCGGGCAAGACGACAAUCUUGUAUCGGCUGCAAGUUGGCGAAGUUGUGAGCACAAUCCCCACAAUUGGGUUCAACGUAGAAACUGUGGCCUAUAAAAACAUCAAAUUCCAAGUUUGGGAUCUAGGCGGACAGACGAGUAUAAGACCCUACUGGCGGUGCUACUUCCCCAACACCCAGGCCGUCAUUUACGUUGUUGACUCGAGCGACACGGACCGGAUGUCAAUAGCAAAAGAAGAGUUUCAUGCAAUAUUGCAGGAAGAAGAGUUGAAAGAUGCGGUCAUCUUAGUGUACGCAAACAAGCAGGACUUGCCGGGGGCUCUGGACGACGCAGCGGUGUCGGAGGGGCUCAGUUUGCACAUGAUAAAGAACCGGCAAUGGGCCAUCUUCAAAACGAGCGCGAUCAAGGGGGAGGGCCUCUUUGAGGGCCUUGAUUGGUUGAGCGAUACCUUAAAACAGCGGGGCCGAUGAGAGAGCACGCGUUUUCGUUCCAGAGUUCCGUCACUGAUUAGGGUCUUGAUUCUGCCCUGAAGUUCCACUUGAGAGUCACACCCGCUGAUAGCAGGAAGUGCCAGUCCGAUAAGCUUCAUUAGAUGCCAUGCAACCCGACUGCCGACUGCUUUUUCAACGUUGGCUCACUAUCGCGUCCCCCUGGAUGAUUCGGCGGCGUUCGUUGGUGGUUUUCUGGCAGGCAAAAGGUCUUCUGUAUUGCUGAAACUGUGAGAGCAAUCUGGAGUCGACUUGACCGCCUGGAAAGCAGACUUCGGGACGGCUUCGGCUCCAGAGCUCCGAUUGCGUCCACGUUUCAAGUGUGCUGCCAUGCAAUUGCACCCAGCUUGGUGCAACUGGCCUGACAGCAAUUUAUUGUUGGCUUGUCGACUCUUGCUCAACCUACUAACU